GAUUGCGCAGAAGCCCAGCGACUGCAGAACCCUGCCCCAGGCACCCUGGGCGCUCUGCCCUACCGGCGGCGCCUCUCACUGCUCACGGAACGUUCUGGAAGUUUAGGAAACCCUGAGCGGUCUCUGAGGACCUGGUGAGCAGAUUGUUGCACCAUUAGAAGCUAGGUUGAUCCACAGACAGAUGGCUGAAAGUGGAAAAGAAAAAAUAAAAUGGACAACCACCAUUAUUAUUAGCUCAUCUCUUAAGAGUUAUGAAGUUGCAACUGCCCUAGAAAAUCGAAGCCACAAAGUUCGAUAUUCAGAUUCAGUGGAAAAUGGAUCAAUUAUAUUUUCUCUUUCUGGAGUUGCAUUUUUAUUAAUGGAUACUAAGGAAUGUCUUCUGUCAACUGAAGAAAUAUUUCUAGCCAAAAUUGAGAAAUUUAUUAACAUUCACCAAAAUAGUUUUUUGGUUUUGUCUGCUGCCCUCCAUGGGCCUGAAGAAUGGAAACUGAUGUUCAGGAUUCAGCAGAGAUUCCUGGGUUGUAACUUACGAAUACUUCCAGUACACAACACAGUAAAUGCUAUUAAUCUUAUGUGCACUAUAGCAAAGACUACCUCCAAACCAUACAUAGAUAGCAUUUGCUACAGAAUGAUAACAGCUAAAGCUUACAUCAUUGAGCAAAGUCCUGUUUGGAAAACACUUCAGAAGAUAAAACUGAAUAGUGAUUCAGUUAACCCAAAUUAGAGUACCAACUUAAUGUUUUUCUCAAAGAAUGUGAAAAUAAUUAGACCUGUUAAAUUAUAAUAUUCAAAUAUCUAUUUAAAGACAUUUAUAUUAAUUUGAAAUAAUAACAUGUAUACAAUUAAAAGUGAUUUUAUUUUAGGAGUUUCGCUGCAAGAUUUAACGCUCUUUAGCAAAGGAUUGAUACAUACAUAUACCAUAAAACUCAGGUGUAGCUUCUUAGUGAGUUAAAUGGACAAAUCUUUAGUAGGAAAUAAAAAUACAGAAUUUUCUAAUCAGUUUCUUAAAGUCAUAUAUAUUUUUUAGUUUUUUUCCAUAAAGGUAGCAAGUAUUUCUAAAAUUAAUCUUUGCAGAUGUUUUCCUAUUAUAACUUCUGCUGGAGAGGUGGUGAUGGGACUCUGCUCCCAAAGACUCCACCUGAGCCAGGAAAAGAGAAGCUAAGAAAAGUCAACUGGCCUCUUUACACUGGUAUGAUAGCCAACUUGACACUAGGAGUUCCGAAAUGUUACAUAGCAUCUAACUGCAGCAGAAAGUGUAUCAGUAUUUUUAUAAGCUCACUAAAACUGUAGGAAUGAAUAUAGACAAUUCAGCUACAUUUUAUGAAGUUAUAAAAUUAUUAGUUUGUAUUGGAUUUUCAAAAGUAGUAUUUAGGACAUAUGUGGGCAUUAUUUACCAUUAGAUAACUUUAAAACCAAAAAAACCUGUUCUAUAGAGUAUCAUUAUAGAAAUUGAUAAAUGAGAAAAGCUACAUUUAUUUUUCAAGCAGUAAAUUUUUACAGAAAAAUUUUUUAUAAAGGUAUUAAAUAAAUCAUAAUGGAAAGUACU